UCUCGUCUCUCGAUCAACGGUGGCGGAACAUAUAAAUGCUAGGGUUUUUCUAAACGGAGCAAAGCUUAGCUGAGCGCCGGAAAGGGAGAGAAGAGGAGCGAAGAAGAAUGGGCGGGGCGGUGAAGGACUUGCAGUCGAAGGCGGAGCUCGAAGGAUUGCUGAAGACCGGAGCGCCGGUGGUUCUGCACUUCUGGGCUGGGUGGUGCGAUGCUUCCAAGCACAUGGACCAAGUCUUUUCCCAUCUCUCCACGGAUUUCCCAGGCGUCAAUUUCCUAAGGGUUGAGGCUGAGGAGCAACCCGAGAUAUCUGAGGCUUAUUCUGUUUCGGCUGUGCCCUAUUUCGUGUUCCUGAAGGAUGGAAAGACUCUCGACAAGUUGGAAGGUGCAGAUCCUUCCAGUUUGGCUAACAAAGUUGCCAAAAUCGCGGGCUCAGUUAAUCCUUCACAUCCUGCUGCUCCUGCAAGCCUUGGAAUGGCUGCUGGCCCCACUGUGCUUGAAACGGUUCAAGAGCUUGCUAAAGAACAUGGAUCAACUCAAUCUAUCAUUCAGAAAAAACAACCAGCUACGGGUGAUGCCUUGAGAAAUCGACUCCAAGAUCUGAUUGAUUCCCAUCCGGUCAUGCUGUUCAUGAAGGGAAACCCCGAAGCUCCACAGUGUGGGUUUAGCAAGAAAGUUGUUAACAUACUGAAAGAAGAGAAUGUGAAGUUUGGUACUUUCGAUAUUCUAUCAGACAAUGAGGUCCGCGAGGGAUUGAAGCAGUUCUCCAACUGGCCUACAUUCCCACAGCUCUAUUGCAAAGGUGAACUUCUAGGAGGGUGUGAUAUAGCAAUCGCCAUGCAUGAGAAUGGGGAAUUGAAAGAAGUCUUCAGAGAUCAUGGAAUUGUUACGGGUACCGAGACAGCAGUCAAGGGUGGAGGAAUCACAGAGUCUACUGGUCUUAGUGCCAUCCUUGACUCCCGACUUGAGAGCUUGAUUAACUCGAGUCCCGUCAUGCUGUUCAUGAAGGGAAAACCCGAAGAACCCAAAUGUGGUUUCAGUCGCAAGGUGGUGGAAAUCCUUAGAGAGGAAAAAGUCGACUUUGGCAGUUUCGACAUACUGACUGAUGAGGAGGUACGCCAAGGUCUUAAAGUUUAUUCAAACUGGUCAAGCUACCCUCAACUGUACAUCAAAGGAGAGCUCAUCGGGGGAUCAGACAUAGUGCUUGAGAUGCAAAAAAGUGGAGAGCUUAAGAAAGUUCUGUCUGAGAAAGGUGUGAUAAUUACACUGGAAGACCGUUUGAAGCAUCUCGUUUCUUCUUCACCUGUGAUGUUGUUCAUGAAGGGCAACCCUGAUGCUCCAAAAUGUGGUUUCAGUUCCAAGGUUGUGAAUGCUUUGAAAGAGGAAGGUGUAGCUUUCGGGUCCUUUGAUAUCUUGAGUGAUGAAGAAGUGAGGCAGGGCCUGAAGGCGUUCUCGAAUUGGCCAACUUUUCCUCAGCUUUAUUACAAGGGAGAACUAGUUGGAGGUUGUGACAUUGUCCUUGAACUGCGGAAGGACGGGGCGCUGAAAUCGACCUUGUCCCAGUAGAGAUCUAGUUUAUAUGUGUCUUUGAUCUCUUGGGUGGAUUGUGAAAGUCUGAGUUUGUUUUAAACAAUGUCAUAUAGGACCUUGGAAGUUGGAUCGCUGCCUAAUGUAGUCCCAUGGUUUUUCCCAUUGGUGAACCAGUAUAUGUGUUGUUCUUGGUUAGACUGGUCAUUUCUGGAUUCGCUGCUGCUAUGCUUGAGCUUCAGCAUGAUUGUUAACGUACAUGUCAAGUUUCGUCCUGUAGACAUGUCUUUCAGUUGUUAUCGUCGAAUCUCGCCUAUUAGCUUAUCUCUCGUCGUCAAUUCAAAGAAUAAUCUAUCCUCGAAAAUUUAUAUGCC